CAUCGAUUGUUAGUAUAAAUAAAACAGCCAACAGAUAGACAUCAAAAGUGUUAGAAAGAAGUGUGUUAAAAUAGUUCAAAGAAGAGAGUCUUAACAGCAAGUGAAUAAAAAUGCUAAGCAAGAAAUCCAUCGUAAUAUUCGCAACGCUACUCGCCUAUUGCCAUGCCAAUGCCGUAGCUUCAACCGAUGAGACAAACGUGAAUGGGAAUGAAGAUCAGGAGGAGGCGUGUCCCGUGGUAUGUCCCGCUUUGUAUGCGCCAACUUGUGGUUUCGAUGGCGCUGACUAUCAGGAAUUUGUUAACCCUUGUAUGCUGCAAGUGACAAAUUGCGCGCGUAGAAAGGAACGUGCAUUGAAGAAACCCUUCGCAAAGCUCGACAUCGAUUGGUGCAAAACAAAGCAAAUUGAUAAUUUGUACGACUUCCUGGGCGAUUUGGCAGCGAAUCUGGACAAACCCGAGUGCUUGAGACCCUGUCCCAUGAUUUUCGAUCCAGUAUGCAUAACUAACGGUGAUGUUCGUGUGACAAUAGCCACUGCCUGUCAACUGGAUAUGUAUAAUUGUGCGCUGAAGGGCACCAAAUUGGGUUCCAAUCUCUUCAGAAUACUGAGCUCCAGAAAAUGUGAGCAGAGUUAAAUUUCCAAAUAGCUUUCAAGUACGCUUGAGGUUAUGAGUGAGUUUUAAGAAAGCAAAGUUCUAAGUUUUAUGCAAUUUAAAUAAGAAUAAAAAAUAUUGCAACACAGAC